AUGCAAACACCGCAAACACCCGGUGGCCUUAUCGCAGAUAACCAACUUUUUUCCACCGAGACACUUCCCUCCUGCACACUUUGUCGUGGGGGUUUUCAUUUACUACAUUCUGGAAUCCUUCUCAGUGACAGGUCAUGGUUGCCUUAUCUCAUCGAAAUCCAUGUCUGUGGCGCCGUUCCAUUUUCGACUCCCGAUUGCUCGACCAUGAGCAGCUCUGGCCUCUCUGACCCGGAGAAAGAUGACGAAUUGACGGAUAUUCCUUCGAUAACACCAAGAGCGAACAGAGGCACCCGCCAUAAAGCGCUACGAGCUCUACGGUCCUCGCUGUCGCACGAGUCGGUCGAAGCAUACAAGAAUUUAUUUGAGCAGCCCAACGACCCGAACGCAGAGGAAAACACCUUCACCAAAACACAAGAUGGAAUCGUGAUCUGGACAACGGAGGAGAAACAGCUUCUCUACCGAGCUCUUGAUAGGAAAGGGAUUAAUGGGAUCCGCCAUAUUGCCGCAGCGAUUGGUUCCAAAUCAGACCUCGAGGUUCAGGAGUAUUUCCGGCUUCUGGAAAAGGGUUUGCGGCGACAGCAUGUUCGCGAUGCACGUCUUAGAACGGCAGUUCUAGGCGACAUCCCUGCAGCGGCCGAACUCAGCGACCAAUGUUGUGAGUCGCUUGACCAAUAUGCGGAAUUACUCUGUCUGGCGGAGCAGGCGGAGGAGGAUAUCGAAGGGAAGUUGAGACAUGGGCGACAGUGGAUUGUCGAUCACGAAAUCGCAGAGCAGUUGGAUUCCACCUUUGGCAAUGUGGAUGAAGGACUACCGGCCGUUGAUGGCGAACCUGCGGCUUCUCCGCUGAGUCCAUUGCACUCGCAGAAUGAGGCUGAAUCUGUCUCUGCCCUCAACGCUCCUGCUGAAUUCUUCAACAUGACCAAGUGGAUCAUCCUCUCAGAACGUCUGUUCAUGAACUUUGGUGGUCCCAGACAGGAGGAUAACUGGGUCAAUGUUGCCUUCGAGAAAGAGACGCCAUCAAUCACUGCUGAUGCUUUUACGGUAUUCCACGACAUUGCCCUAGCCCUGACUCGCCGUCUAGUUCAUGCAACACAUUUCUUUGCUACGUCAAGGGUGCAAAAAUAUGCGAACUCUACCCGUCCUCCAGCGAGGAUAGUGACAGCCUCCGACGUCAGAAGGGCAGCUCGCACACUCAACGUGAAGACCGACAGCUCCGACUUCUGGAUCGGAUUAGCCCGGCGAUGUAGCCUCGAUGUGGUGGACGAACGCCAUAAACGGGGCUGGAACCCUGUUAGUCUGGACCACGAAGAAGUGGAAAUUUUACUAUCACGCAGGGAGUUGCCCGAGGAGCCUUACAAAACAGGUAUUUUCAGCCCAAUGCCCAUGAGACGCUCCGGCAGCGUCUCUAGUGGAAUGUCUGUGGAUUCGCUUGAUCUGCUCGAUCUCGAGGCCCCCGAGGACCCUGAAGACGAGCAAGCAGAAGAACACGCCGAAGCGGUCGACCGGCAGAACAGUGCUGUCGACGAACAGUUGUUCUGGGCAGUGCUCGGAAAGUCACCACCAAAAACUCUCGAGACCCGGCUCUCAGACAAAGACAUUCCACGUAAACCAACAGCCAAACGCAAAUCAAUGGAAGAGCUCAUCGGCUGGCGAGAGCGAACGUUCCCUCAAAACGACUGGGAAGUAUAUGGGCACGAGACUGAGAAUAUAAACCGCGAGUUCGACAGUCGGCGCAAAAGACCCCGAUUAGCGACACUCUCUCCCUCUCCUUCUCCCUCUCGUUCCAGGAGCAAACACGAAGUACGUGCCUCCAAGUCCCGAGGCCUGCGCGCUUGCCCUUCCUUCCGUCGGCAUCGUAAGUCCCAGGAGAAAAUCCUCAACUCGGAUUCGGAAGUCGACUCGGACCCGACAUUCCAACCAGAGUCAGCAGAGCAGAAGUCGAAAUCAAGGGUCACGAGAACAAGCUCACGCAAACGCGUACCCGUCUCAUACGCUCCGCAGCAGUUAUUUGACUUGGAUGUGGAGAUGGAAGUCGAUGCUGGGUCGGAGCGUGAUGAUUCUCAUCCUUUAGAUAAUCGACAGGAACGGAGCGAUAGCGAGAGUGCAGAUGAUGUUGAGGAUGAUGUUGAGACUCGUGGCGAGUCACCUGCGAAAUCAGCCGAUCCUGGAGAUGGACGCGAUGCCGGAGACGAAGUCUGGGAUGAAUUCCGAGACGACUUCCUGGGCCCUGACGAUAAUCUUCCCAGUCAUGCAGGAGGACUGCCAUGCGGCAGCGAUGAAGAAUAUCAAGACUAA